AGAAAAGGCGACUCUGGGUCUGACGGGAAGUGCCUUCUAAUUACCAGUUAGCCUGCAGAGCUGCUGUAAGUCGGUGACAGUAUCGACAUAAUGCUUAAUGACAAUGAGCUCGCAACGUUGCGGAAUAGAUUUAAGAGAGAUGCGGAGUUUCUCAUGCAAACAACGACGUUGGGCGACGAAGACGAGAAGAGUCAGGAGGAAAAAGAUGCUAAACCUCUCCCGCGCAUUAACAGGCACUCCGUCUUCUGGAUCGUGGCAUCCAUAAGUGUGACCUACUACGUGGAUUUCUUCCACAACAUUAUGGAGAAUGAUGAUAUCAAAAGUUGGUGGUUCAACGUGGGUCUGACACUCCUCGGGAUCUGUCUGUCCCUUGCCAUGUUUUGCAUUGUGUACCUGGAGUGGUUCAAAGGUAUCAAGCACUACGACCAGGAGUACCCCGCCAUUCCUCCCAUCACCACUGCGGCUUUUAUUGCUGCAUCUUGCAGCCUCAACAUGGCACUGUGGCCAGUGUGGUCCUUCUUCACUCCACUCAUCCUCUUCACACAGUUCAUGGGCGUGGUCAUGUUCAUCUCUUUGCUUGGAUGAAUGUGACGGGCAGAAUCCUGCCUCGGCUCCAUAGAUCAACUCAUGAUGACGCUCUUCAUCUGCCUCAAGUUCAAGUUAUCGCUGCAUAUAAGGAGGAGUCAAAGGGAGAAUCAUAUAUUACAGUAUAUCAAAUCUAUAGAUGUCACUAAGCAAUGUAAAACAAAAAAAUGUCCCAUUACACACAGCUAUGUUUUGUCAUAGUGCUGAAAGUGUGUGACAUUUGUGGUUUGGAUUUAAGAAGGUCAAUGUGAAUCUGCUGAGCCCUGUGUGGACAUGCUGGCUGACUUCUCCUGAGACCAUGGUUCACCACAUGGUCCACAAUAGUGACUUGAAUUUCAUUUAAAACUCAUCUGCCUGGUUUCUCCUGCUCCUGCUCCUGCCAUCCUGUUGUUGACCCACACCUGCAGCAUGAUGAUGUUGUUGUUGUGAGAAUAUCACACAGGUGGUGUCAGCGGGGCAGGUCAGCAUUGUAGGGUCUCUGUUGUGUUAAUGUGCUGAGAGUUUAACCAUCUCACUCUAUGAUUCCCCAUUGUUGUUUGACAAAACAAACAGUGACAACUGUGUCAAGAAAUGUGAUGCUUUGUGUGGAGGCGUUUAGCAAACGACACUUCGGAGUUUUUCAGUCCGAGUGUCAAGAAUGUUUUAAGCCCAUAGUGGACAUUUUGGCUCGUUGUAGUAGGAAAAGCGGUUACUUGAUAACAGGUGUUAACUAGUUACAGUAACAAUUGUGUCAUUUAAAUGAUUGAGUAGCCAUGACAGUGAGUCAGUGAGUCAGCAUGAAUAACACCAGGACCCUCAAACUGAAACAGCUGAAUGUAAUUCAUUCUCUUUUUUUAAAUAUUCACCUGUGCUUUUCCUACUGUGACAUGUUAAAAUGCCCCGUGUGGAGAAAAAAUGCUUCUGUGCUUGUAUGUUGAAAACUGUGCGUAAACAAACUUUAAUGUUCCACCAUUUAUAACUUUAUAAAGUUUUUAAAUUAUUUUUAUUUCUUCAGCAGUUUGUGGUGAGGAAUGUAAAGAUUUCUGCUCAUAUUCUGUAUUUUUUUUUCUUAAUAAACUUUUAUAACUGAUUUCACUA